GCGGUGCGAUGUCCCGCAAGCCGGCGGCCAAGGCCCGGCCCGGUGCCGCUGCCGCAGCCGCUGCCGGGCGGGCGCGCAGGCCCCGGCACAGCCCCGCACCGGGCCCCGCACCGGGCCCCGCACCGGGCGGCGGCCUCGCACGGCAGCUCCGGGCCCUCGGCCUCAAGCUGCGGGAGGUGCCGGGCGAUGGCAACUGCUUGUUUCGGGCCCUCGGGGACCAGCUUGAGGGGCACUCGCGGAACCACCUCCGGCACCGCCAGGAGACAGUGGAUUACAUGAUCCAGCAGCAGGAGGACUUUGAGCCCUUCGUGGAGGAUGAUGUGCCCUUUGAGAGACACGUUUCCAACCUGGCAAAGCCUGGUACCUUUGCUGGCAACGAUGCUAUUGUGGCCUUUGCAAGGAACAACCAAAUGAACGUGGUUAUUCAUCAGCUGAACGCUCCGCUCUGGCAGAUCCGUGGCACAGACAAAAGCAACGCGAGGGAGCUGCACAUCGCCUAUCGUGACGGAGAGCACUACGACAGCGUGAGGAGGAUCAGUGAUGAUUCUGAAGCUCCAGCGUAUCUUCAGAUGGAGUUGCUUUGCAAAAAGGAGUCGGGUACAAAGGAGGAAGAGAAGCCACAGAAGGGAGACUCUGAAGACGAGAUCGAGGUUGAGAUGGAAGAUGCUAUACAAGAAGUGUGUAAUGCAACUGGAUGUUCAGACAUUGACUUAGUAAGCCAGGUUCUGGAAGUGGAAGACUACAAUGUAGAAUCUGCCAUCUUUGCCGUCCUUCAAAUGAAUGAAAUGAAGAGAAUCAGUACUGAGGAGCAGCACGAUCCCCAGAGCACAGCUCAGGAAGUGCACAGCCCAGCUCUGGGGGAGGAAAAUGGAACUGCUUCGAGAAUCUCUGGAAAUCAGAGCUUGCAUCAAGGUGAAAUAGAAAACCACAAGGGACAGCCUAAAUCCUACAAAGAGAAUCGAGCUAGCAGAAACCCAAAGGCAUCUAAAAAACAAAAGAAGGAGCAGCAGAGACUAGAGAAGAAAAAGAGGCAGGAAGAGAGGCACCGACAAAAGGUCUUGGGCAACAGAAGUAAUUGUCCAGUUAGUGGCAGGAGAGACACGGACUCAACCAACCACGUCACCUUGGUGAAGGCCAUAGGAGCUCUAAACAUAUGAGUGAAUGUGUUCCCAGUGCUCUGGUGAGAAAACCAAAUAAAACUGAGGAAGACAAUUUGCCCUCAAGCAGAUUUCCAAGAACUCCUUGUUAUCUGUUGCUGCGGAGAUCUCUGAGCACACAUGAACUUCCUGUUUCCUCGGUUGUGGGGCAGUAGUUCUGCAUCAGCCUGUGUGUGAGAAGAGUUGUUUGAACUUAACAAAAAGUAGAGACUUGGGUGUAUGAUUCUGGAGUUAGAUGAAGUCACUUUUACAGUAAUGGAAAGAACCACAAGUCAUGGCUUGAAGGGAGAAAGGAGUUGCUUCACCAGUGUGAGGAGCUGAGGAUAGCCAGGUGAUUCAGGUGAACGUGUCACCUUUGUCUUGCCCAGCUGUGUUUUGCUUUGCAGACUGAUAAAAGGAUUAUUGUUGCUUGGAGCCUGAAGAGCCUUGAGGGGAGUUACCCUGUAGCCAGCAGGAAGGAAGCUGAGCUUUCCAAUGUAUGAAGGGACCUGCAAAACUCACCGUGUCCAGGGUAAAUGGGUGAGCCUGCAAGAGCAACACCUCUUAAAACAGCAAAGAGAGAUGCUGACCUUCAGCUCAUGGACACCUGUAACCAAAUACGUGGCUGAAAAUGCUUUGAUUUCCACGUGUAAUAUGAUUAAAAUGAAUUUCUCAUGUG